AGCUCACCGAGUCAGUGUGUCUGUGGUCGUGGUAGGAGAGGUGUAGCUCUCUCUCUCUCUCCCACGCUCGUUGAUUCUGUCUGUCCGGCCUCCCUACAAUGAUAUGUCGGUCUAUAUAACGCUCUUAUAACGUCUCUAUGUAAUAUGUAUAAGUGAUGUGUUAACUACUAUACUUUAUAGUGAUUCAAGUAUCAUUUAAAUUACCUUUUAUUGGAAUAUAUGAACAGUGCCAAAUAUUCCGUCCCGGAUACUGACUGAAAUUAAGUGCCUUAUACACAGUGCCGCGUGUACCGUCCCGUAUAAAGCGAGUGUAAUGUCUUAAUAACCAGCACCCCAUAUAUCGUGCUUUAUAAACAUGGUCCCAUAAGGAGUGUGUUAAUAAGUGCCAUACACAGUGGGUGACAAUUAUACCGUGCCCUAUGAAACACCACUAGCAGAUUAUCUUAUAAGAAGUGAGGCGUGGGCAAGAAGAUGCGGCGCCGUGAGUGGUGGUGGUGGGUGUGGGCAUGGGUGUGGGCAUGGUGGUGGUAUGGGGCAGGGUGGGGCAGUAGCAACGGAGCAGUCAUACCCCCCAGGUGGGUCAACUCCACACUCAACCCAUGUGCCAAGAAGUCAUGGCAGCUCCUCUACUGGGCCCACGACCAUUCUUGUCACAGGAUCUUUACUCAGGGCCCAUGUGGAGACACUCAGGAGUUCUACUAUAACCCAAGCCAGGGCAAGGGCGCCUGCAGGUGUCCACGGGGCACACUCCUCUACCCCCCUACUGGCCUCUGCUACCCCCAGUUCUCCAGGGGUCCUUGUACUCCCAGACAGUACCUUGACACUGAUGGAGAGGGGCAGGAGGGCCAGUGUCAUGACUUUCUCAAGUGUCCACCCCGCCAUGUGUUCUGGCCUCGCACCAAAAAGUGUUAUGAAUACCAUACUCGAGGACCUUGCCUCAAAGGAUAUCUCAUCUACGUCAACUCAGAGACAGGGUUUCCUGACUGUGGUUGUGACCGAAAUGUAAUGUUUAGUAACUACUGGUCCCUCACUGGACUGUGUUUUGAAUUAUUCCAGCGAGGGCCAUGUCUGGAUGGGAAUAUCUUCCUUUUUAAUGCCACAAAAGGAGCCACUGAGUGCAGUUGCAGCUCCUCCAUCAUCACUAACUAUGACAAUCGCAGUGGUGGCUGUCAUGAGUUGAAUGAGCAGGGCCCUUGCUACCCAGGUCAAAUUUUUACCUUUGAACCCAAUGCUCUGGCCACCCAGUGCAGAUGUCGUGAAGAUCAUGCCCUCUGGCCUCUCAAUGGUUACUGCUACCGGUUAUACUCAAGAGGACCCUGUGAAAAGGGUCAUUUCUUCAUGCCAGCUGGGACUAAUGUAACAAACAUGAUUGGAGAAUGCCAAGUGUAUCCCUGCACGGGAACCCGGCGCUACCACCCUGACACAGACACAUGUUUUAGACUGGGCUGGCGUGGACCUUGCCCUGAGGGCCAGCUCUUUAUUUAUGAUGAAGAAUCGCCCCUUCAAGGCACCUGUGGUUGCACAUCUGAAUUAGUGGGCUUCUGGGCCAUAGACAAUCAAUGUUAUGAGUUAGGAAGUCGUGGUCCAUGCCAACAUUCACAAGUACUAUCUUACAACAAGGCAACAGGCAGUGUGCUUUGUUCCUGUGAUUUACGGAAAGGUUUUGUCAUGUGGCACGACGGUAACUGUUACCACCUGGAGACAAGAGGCCCGUGUAACGCAGGACAGAUUCUGGCAGUCAAGAGGUGGCGACCUCUUACCCCAGUAUGCGCAUCACUCGCCUCAUCUAUCACCCCUAAUAUGCCUCUCAUCUUUGGAGAUGUUUCUUCAAGGGAAAAUACACCUCAACAUCAUCAUGAAAGUAACAGUGUGACAGCUUCCCAUAGCAACAGCAUCUAUUCAUUAGGCAAUCUAAAUGACACUCAAACUACAGAAACUUCUAACAACUCAAGUUCACAGAAACCAGAAAAUAAGCCACAACUCGAGACAAUGGUAUUUGAUGAUAGCCGCCAAAGAGAACAACAGCAAGAAUACCACCCCGGCCCCACCGAAAUUUACUCCUUAGGGGUGGAGGACGGUGAACAUUCAACAGGUAGCAGAGACACAAAGUAUACCCUGGGUCGGUCAGGUCGCUCCAUGGGAGAUACAGAGACAUGGGGCUUCUUGGAUGAUACGUAUUUCAGGACCCCCGGGGAGCCCCGCGGCCCUUACUACACAGGGCGUAACGAUGGUGAGCGGUCCCUGACACCAUGGUGGGGUUCUCUCACCACCACUAGUACAUAACUGGGGUGAUGAAACAAUCUCCACAAACUAGAGAGGAGGGCAGUCCCUCCCCAACAGGGCAUUACCAUCACCACAGCCUCUGACCUUGCCUGUGAUAACCCACCCACCCACCAUGUGUAAAUGCUCACAAAGAUGAACUCCAUCCUUUAGCUAGAAACACACUGGUUGCAGAAGACAUUUUCUAUGUAUCCCAUUAAAUGAUGAGUUAAGAUUAUUAAACUACCUGUAAAACAUUUUCUAAUGCCUGAUAACUUUUUUUAUAAACAGCAACUAUAUAACAAAAACUUCAAGAAAUCAAGAGGUGAAAACAUUUUCCCUUAUUAACUACAGUACAGUAGCCAGUACAAAGGUGCAACCAAAUAACAGUGAAGCUUGGACAAUGGGUUUCACCUUCUUUCACAAGUACAGUACUUGAAGAAAACCAACAGUGUCUUGGACUUAUCACUGCAUACAAUGUAUUACCAAGAAAAUCACAUAAAUACUUAAGGAAUAAUACAUAAUCAGCAGUGACUUUCACUGUUGUAUGCUGUACAACUCUAUCACAGUAAGUGCAAAACUUGUUGACUUCCCCCAAAACACUUAGCACCUAGAUACAACAAAAAAUAUCUAGAAGUUACUGUAUCAGUAUUCCCAAGUGAAUCUAUGUCUUGAAAUUCAAAAGAAACGAUGUGAAAUAAUUCUCAGUCGGUUGUUACUGAGAUAAAGACAAUGAGUGUGACCAAAGUUUCUGUGAAAGUGUGGCUGCCUCUGGACACAGCCAAGGACACAAACAUUUGUUGUGAAGAACUGAGUCACAGAGGAACUACAGCCUCAGGAGUGAUUGUGAAGCAUCUACCAUCCUUCAUGUAGCAAUACAAUACUGUAUAUUUGUGUAGCUGCACCAUGUCUCAACUCAAGAUUGCAACAUUUGUAAUAAAUAUAAAUAUGCACUAAAGCGAGGAAGACAUAUGUAUA